AUGAUCAUUAGCGAUAAUCGUUCAUUGGAGAGUCUCACUGUCAACAACAGUGAGGAUAAAUCAGUAUCGGUGAUGACUCACUCAUCUGUACAGCAAGGCGUUAUGCAAGACUCCUAUGAACAAAAGAUGUUUCCUUCCCAGACUAUUGCUCUCAGCUUUAUUGGCACCAUUGCCAACAUUUUAGUCAAUAUUCUCGGCCCGUUUGCUCAAGUACUACUUUCAGUCAUCAAAGCUCGAACGUUGCUCAUUUCGGCUGUCUUAUGCUGUGUUGCAGGGCUAGAAUUUGCAAGUCUAAGCACCAAAAUCUGGCAUCUCUAUUUGACCCAAGGUGCAUUGUAUGGUGUCGGCGCUGCCAUUAUUUUCUACGUCACCACAAGUCAGGUCCCCCAAUGGUUUACAAAACAUCGUGGCACAGCUUUGGGCAUUUCUUCUUGUGGUCCCAGCAUUGGUGGUCUCGUUAUGCCUUUUAUUAUGACAAGCAUGAAUGAACAACUGGGCAUUCAACGAUGUUAUCGUAUUAUGGGGUGGAUUAGUUUGUUUGUAGGUUUGCCGACUUGUCUUUUAUUCAAAGUACGUCGUCCGACCAAUGCUUCCAGCGAGCCAUCGCACGACCAAGAGGACGUACCUCCUAUGAAACUGAAAGACGUCGUCGAAUGGUCUGUGCUCAAGGAUUUCAAUUUCAUCAUCUGGUGCAUGUCCGACAUUCUGAUGGAAAGUGCAUUUAAUAUCCCUUACUUCUUUUUACCAUCUCAUGCAACCUACUUGGGAUUAACAUCGUACCAAGGCUCGGCGCUGAUAUGCGUUGCCUCAGGUCUCAACUCGGUCGGACGAAUACUUGGUGGACUUGCAGCUGAUCGAUUCGGUCAUAUGAAUACCAUUAUUUUCGGUUCAUUACUCGCUGGUGUGAGUUCGCUCACCAUCUGGACCUUAUCGCAUGAUUUUGCCAUGUUGAUGGCCUAUUCGUCUAUCUUUGGAUUCUUUGGUGGGGCAUUCAUUUCUCUGGCGCCUUCAGUGACGGCGACCAUUACGGGAAUGGAAAAAUUCGAGUCAGGUUUCUCGUUGUUUUUGGUGGUAACGGUGAUCAGUAUGUUUGGACCCAAUAUCGCUGGCGCGAUUGAGGAGUCGGUCCAAACGCCACCGUUUUUCAGUUACUCCAUUCUCACUGGUGCUGCAUACAUCUUGGGUGUCCUUUUGGUCGUCUACCUCAAGCUCCGUCUCCAACCUCGUCUGCGAGCCAAGAUCUAA